AUGGAGAACAACACAACAGCUGAGUUUGUCUGCAACCACACGGAUGCAUGGGAGUGGGUUUACACCAUGCAGCCUGCCUAUAUGUCGAUCAUCUGUCUUCUGGGAGUAAUCGGCAACUCCUUCGUGCUUUGCGUCCUCUGUCUUCAGAAGCGCAGAAGUUCUGUUGCUGACAUUUACCUGAGCAAUCUGGCAGCAGCUGAUCUCCUCAUGGUUUCCUGUCUGCCGUUCUGGUUCUUCCCCCAUCUGGGCAUUGAUGCAUGCUACCUAGACUACCCCCAUGAAGGGUGGCGAUUGCGUUACCACAUUAUUAAAGUCAUUCUAAAGAGACAGAAGAUGAGAAGAAGCAACAGCGGGAGUGCGGAGAGGAAGGCAGCAUACCUUGUGCUUAUUGUUUUGGCUGUGUUCAUUCUCUGCUGGCUGCCUUACCAGAUUCUGAUCUUCUUUGACACCUUGGAUCACUAUGAGGUCAUCUCUGGAUGCACGUGGGCAUACGUGCUGGACAUUGGCAACCAGCUAGCUACGUACCUUGGCUACAGCAACAGUGCAUUGAAUCCUUUCUUGUAUGUGAUUGUUGGGAAGAACUUUAGGGAGCGGGCAAGGGAAGUGUUUAAACCCCUUCAAUGCAGGAGGAAAGACCAGUGUGAGGCAUCUGGUCAUGGUAAUGCCAAUCUCAUCUCAAUGGAGCCAAUGGAACUCACAACUGUGCCGACAGUGUUGGCUGAAAAUAGCAGCUUGUCUCCAGUCACUGCAGAAUGGGAGCUUAUCCACACCAUCAUCCCCCCAUACAUCUUCACCAUAUCCCUGGCAGGUCUACUCUUUAACAGCUUUGUGCUGGUGGUGUUUUUUGCCCACAAAGAUCGACUGACUGUAGCAGAGAUCUAUCUGAGCAACAUGGCGCUGGCUGACUUUAUUCUACUGUGUAGCCUUCCUUUCUGGGCAAUGAAUAUCCUCAAUGAGUUCAACUGGCCAUAUGGAGAGGCCUUGUGCAAAAUCGUCAACGCCCUAAUCAUCAUCAAUUUCUACACCAGCAUCUUCACUCUGGUCAUGAUUAGCAUCGAUCGCUAUAUAGCAUUUGUGAAGCCCAUGAAGGCCAGCUGGCUGAGACGGACGCUCUACGCCAAGGUGAUCUGCUUCAUCCUGUGGAUAUUAGGGGUCUUACUGAGCACACCGACAAUAGCUCACAGAAAGGUGAAGUUCUUUGAGGACUAUGAGACCACAUCCUGCGUUCUGGAUUACACCCAUGACAGCUAUUGGAAGCUGGCCCAUCAGAUUGUGAUAAAUGUGGUGGGCUUUGUUCUUCCUGUUUUGGUCAUUGUUUUCAGCAGUGGAAAUAUAAUCAAGGUUUUAUCUGAGAGGAGGGAAAGUGUUGGUUUUCAUCACACCAGUGAUAAAAAGGCCACUGUGCUAGUGUAUGCUGUUACACUGGUGUUUUUACUAUGCUGGGGUCCCUUCCAGGUAAUUACCUUUCUUGACAUUCUCUGUGAUGUCAAUGUGCUGGAUGAGAAGCUGUGGUCUGACUCUCUGGAUAUAGGAAGGCAGCUCUCAGCAUAUCUAGCCUUUCUCAACAGUGUCUUAAACCCUUUGUUGUAUGUCUUCUCAGGGCAGUACUUUAGAAAGAAGGUUAGCGCCAUCUACAGAAAGACUAGAUAUCAACGCAGAGGAUCAGACAUGACCACAUAUAAACUCUCUGCUGUGUCCACUUACAUCAACAGAACAGAGCAAAUUAAACCUGUGGUCAUUGUUAAUGCCAAAGAAUAA